UGUUAUGCUUUCAAGCUACCUGGUUGCUAUCUUACCAACUUACCCAUUUGUUAUACUAUAAACUUACCCGCUUGUUAUACUUUCAACCUACCUGGUUGCUAUCUUACCAACUUACCCAUUUGUUAUACUAUAAACUUACGCACUUGUUAUACUUUCAACCUAACUGGUUGCUAUAUUAUCAACCAACCAAUUUGUUAUGCUAUACACUUAUCCACUUGUUAUACUUUCAACCUAUCUGGUUGCUAUAUUACCAACUUACCCAUUUGUUAUGCUUUAAACUUACCCACUUGCUAUACUUUCAACCUACCUGGUUGUUAU